GUUACACAAAUCUGCGUGAAAAUUCUUUUGUCUUUUCGGUCGCUGCGUGAAAGUUACUCGUUGCUCUGUGUACAUCGAGUUCUGCGUGAGGCGGACGAGCAAGAGCACGCACUAGCGCUUGGUCUACCUACCACCCAAAACAAGAGAAACUGGCUUCUUGAUGUGGUGAAAAAUGUUCCUAUCCCCAGUGUGGUCGAUAAACUGACGCCGCAGUGAAUCGCUACGGUGAAAUGCCAUCUCUGCUUUUAGCUAAUUACUAGAAAAACGACUUUAAAGUUUACAACUGUAUAAGUUUGGGGUUUUUUAACAAACGUUCUUCAGUUUUUGCCAUAAGUCUUAAUAACUAUUCAUCGAAGCAUCGCUCUGCAUUGAUCGCGAAAAAACGUAAAAUAAAGCUUGAAACCGAGAAAUUGAUUGUACUUAGUCCACUGUGACUGAACGAUUUGAGGAAAAUCUACAAUCAACUACAGUUCGCACUCAAGUUUUUACAUAUAUGAUGAAAAAAUAAUGCACAAGUAGGACAACAGUUAAUAGGAAUGGUGUAUAAUAGGAGCAGGAAGUUUGAAUUUUGAUAUUUCUGUUAUUACACUGAUGAUUACCAUUUUCAAUUUUUAUGUUCAGUCAGAGUGGACCAAGCACAACAGUUCAUUAUCACGAAGGGUAGUCAAUUAUUGAGCUAUUUAUAAAUUCUUUACUUGAACAUUCAAUAGUCAACAACUUUUGAACGUAUUUCCAUAGUUCGGUACGUUUUUGAAAUAUUGUAGUUACAUAGUUCAUAAUAAUUUAUUCAGAGGACUGGCGUUUUACAAAAAUUCGUUCAGACAGGAUGAACCAAGUACGCGAUUAUUAAAUAACCGGUGAAAUCAAUUUCUUCAUGAAACGGGUAAUGGUACAUUUGAAUAUGAUGCCCAUCAGCUACUAAACAAACAUAUUUUGAUUUGGAAAGGAUGACGAAGAAUAAGGUAAUUUCAAUUAUUUUUCUUAGAGACACAUAGUCCACUCUGUCUGCACGCGAAAUGUCACAAUAUGCUUCAAUACGAUGAUCUGUAAAAUACGAUAUUUACCAAUAUAAAAUGAGUUUUUACGUGCUUUCUUGAUCAAUAAUCAUUAGAAAAUGCGUUGGGGAGUCAUACGAUUUGGAAACGUAUUAUAUUUUGAUGAUAAAACUAUUUUGAUUAUUGGAUUUUAACCAAUCCAUAUUUUUUUUUUAAUUCUCUUGACAUCAAGCACUUGGUCCAUUCUGACUGCACAGUAUUAUCGAUUUUCGCAGUUCAAUCAAAAGAAAACUGUGCUAUAACUCUCGUUAAUUGUAACAUUAAGAAAAUCGGGUUAAUGUUCCAAGUAGCCAAAGUAAUUCUUAACCAAAUGCCUUUAAAAUCUAAUUUUCGUCAGUUUUGUUACUUGGUACUCUCUGGCUACGCCGACCAGAUAACAUGAUGAACAAAUUUAAACUAUUUUACAUAUCCCGUUAAAAUUUUACCGUAAUGAAGCACAGAGACCAGACGUUCAUCUUAGUUCUCGUUGUGUAAAACUUUGAAACGGUCAUACUUGAGAAUGUCAUUAUGCUUUCGUUGCGUGGUGCUAGCGUCCCAGCACUAGCAUUACAGUACCAUGUUCUCAUUUUUGGUUCUCGGAUUCACCCUUAUUUUGGUAUUUUAGCGCUAACGCCGCUUUGUGUAUGUAACGAUGCGAUGGUUUGAACUUAAGCUUUACUUUCAGUGUAGGUAAGUACCGGAGUUGAUGGGGGCACUGCUACGUCAGACAGCGAGGGAAACAGGAUCAUUGGACGAGAGACACUGGAGCAGGUCAGACGCUACGCUCGGUUAAAGCUCGGACGGUCGAGAAAACGGACAAUUUACAAUGGCUUCGAGGAUGUUAAUUGAUGCGGCAGCAAUGCCACCGUUCAAAGCGGGAGAUGAUCCGAGAAACAACUGGAUAAAAUGGAAAAAAGCUCUGGAGCGAUUCUUGCGCGUUAACAAGGUUGAAGCUGACGAAGAAAAAUAUGAUUUACUGCUUGUUUUGGGGGCGAUUGAGCUACAAUCGUUUUACGAUAAAAUCACGAAAUGGGAGUGCCGCCAACCGACAUCUGAUACUGGUGAUGAGUUUGUGGUUUUGCAGUAUGAGUCGGCCAUAGCGUCACUGGACGCGUAUUUCGCACCACAACUCAACAAACGAUUUGAGCGUCAUCUUUUUCGUGCUAUGAAGCAGGAGAGCCAGGAACCCUUUGAGGAAUUCGUGUUCCGCCUCAAAGAUCAGGCAAACCGAUGUCAAUUUAGUGACGUGGACGAUGCGAUCGUGGACCAGAUCAUAGAAGGCUGCAUCUCACCGGAGCUGAGGAAAAAGUUGUUGACUGAAGAUCUCAACUUGCACGAAACAACCGUCCUGGGCAAAACUCUGGAGGAAGUUCAAAAGCAGACAAAAGAAUACGCGAAACCGUCGACAUCUGGAUUGUCUAGCCUGGAAGGAACGGUACAGAAGAUCAACGAUAAGUUUGCCAGCAAGCAGAGGACAUCGAUUACAAACACCCGAAAAUGCUAUAACUGCAACAAAGCCGGCCACGUAGCGAAGGAUCUCGAUAAAUGUCCAGCACGAAAUGUAGCUUGUCACUCUUGCGGAUGUGUAGGACAUUUUGCCGUAUGUUGUAGGAAACGAAGAUACGAGCCAGGACCUUCCACGAUUCCGGAGAAAAAGGCUAGAGUUCACGCUAUCGUGUCACCGCAGGAUAAACGAGAUGGAGUUUUCUUUGUACGUACAGGAGAAGAACUUGACGAGGUUCUGUUGCUUGAUCUGGGAGGAGUUCGAGCGAAAAUGCUAGUGGACUCCGGAUCUCCGGCGAAUAUAAUCAACCCAGAGACCUAUACACAUCUGAAAGCAAACCGAGCAGCUAUGGUGAAUGACAGAACACCGCGACAGGAAGAACUGAAGCUGAAACCUUUUGCAUCGGAUGAGGAAAUACGGUUCAGCAGAGUCUUCGAAGUUGAAAUAAAGGUUCCGGAUGAAGAAAGUGGAAUUUGGGCCCAUGUUCUAGUAGCUCCAGAAGGCCAAGUUAAUCUCCUGAGCAAAGGGACGGCAUUUGCGCUGGGAGUUCUUAAGAUCGGUUACAAGGUGAAUCGCCUAACUGAUUCAGCAAUCACCUGCACCGACGAAUUUCCGAAAAUUCCGAACACGAUGCUGAAAAUCCAGGUCGACAAAACAGUUCAUCCCGUAGUUCAACCAGUUCGACGAUUUCCGAUCGCUAUGGAAGCAGAUGUGGAGGAUGCGAUUAACGAUUUGGUCAAAAAGAAGAUCGUAGAAAGAGCGGAGGGACCUUUGACCUGGGUGUCUCCGUUAGUACCCAUCAGAAAGACGGACGGGAAAAUUCGGCUGUGCGUGGAUAUGCGAGCGGCUAAUCGGGCGGUCAUAAGGGAGAAUUAUCCCAUGCCAAAUAUUGACAGCGCAAUGGCAACGAUUACUAAGGUAAGGAAUUGAUUCUACUUUAUUUUCUCGGGUAAAAAAAAAAUGAUUAUGGAAAAUUUUGAAACAGGCCGUGAAGAUGUCAAAAAUUGACCUGGAAGCAGCAUAUUACCACUUCGAACUACAUCCCGAGAGCAGAGAUAUUACUACGUUUGUAGCAAGAAGUGGUGUCUACCGUUUCCGUCGCCUCAUGUUUGGGAUAAAAUCUGCUCCAGAGUUGUUCCAACGUGAGAUGGAAUCCGUAUUUAGGGGCAUCGAGGGUCUAAUCGUCUAUAUGGAUGAUUUGUUGCUACAUGGCGAGACUGAGGAAGCACAUGAUCGUACUCUGGAGGAAGUGAUGAAGCGAAUCGCGGAGAUGAAACUGAAAAUUAAUGAGCAGAAAUCGGUAUUCGGCGUGAGCGAACUUUUUUUCCUGGGAUACCACAUCUCCGAAGAUGGCAUUCGACCCACAGGCGAUAAAAUCCAGGCCAUACAAAACUUGCAACCACCAAAAUCUGAUUCUGACCUAAGAUCUCUCUUGGGAUUGAUCAAUUUCCUGGGCAGAUUCGUUCCUAAUUUGGCAGAUUUGACUUUUCACAUGCGCCAGCUGCUUGUGAAAGGUACCCCAUUCGAAUGGAAGGCAUCACACGACCAGGAACUCAACAAACUAAAGGAACUUCUGGGAAAGGUGGAUUCGUUGGCCUUCUUUGACCCGACAGACGAAACCUUACUGGUUACCGACGCCAGUCCAGUUGGGCUUGGUGCCAUACUGAUCCAGAUUAAGAAUGGCUCUCCUAGACCAAUAUCGUGUGUAUCCAAAAGUUUGACAGCAUGCGAAAAAAAGUACUGUCAGACUGAAAAAGAGUGUUACGCAAUUAUUUGGGCUAUGGAGAAGUUGUUCAUGUACCUCUACGGACUACAUUUUACACUCAUCACUGAUUGUAAGCCCCUGGAGUACCUCUUUAAUAGGGCACAAUCUAAACCGUCAGCUAGGAUUGAGCGCUGGAUUCUCAGACUGCAAAGCUUCGACUUCACGGUUAGAUACGAACCGGGUGAAAACAAUCUAGCUGACUCUCUAUCCCGACUUUCGCAGAUAGACCAUGUUUCAGAGGAAGGCUCGGAUGUGAUCGCUUGGUUAUCGGAAGAAAUCAAACCAUCGGCGAUAUCAAUUGAAGAAAUCGGUAAAGCAACCAUUGAAGAUGACGAGCUGCAAAGAGUGAAGGAGGCCAUUUGCUCAGAGGAUUGGGAAGGUGUACCAGCCGAGUAUAAGACAGCGACUGUUCGCAGUGAGCUUAGUUUGUAUGAUGACCUAGUGCUUCGAGGCGACAGGAUCGUGAUUCCCGGACAAUUACGAGCAAAAGUAAUUGACAUUGCCCACUUGGGACACCAGGGCUCCACUGCAAUGAAAGCUCAACUUCGAGCCAAAGUCUGGUUUCCUCAGAUGGACAAAGCAGUAGAGUCGACUGUCCGGAACUGUAAGCCCUGCAUCAUGACAUCGAUCCCUGAUAAGCCGAACCCGCUGUCCCGACGACUUCCGACGGAGCCAUGGCAGGACCUCGCCAUAGAUUUUAAAGAAGGACUGCCGGAUGGUUUGUCGUUGCUGGUAGUGGUAUGUUAUACUUGUCGGUUCGUUCAAGUUGAACCAAUGAAACCAGCGACAACACAACGUGUCAUUGGAGCAUUACUGAGAAUGUUCAGUUCUUUUGGAAUCCCGCGGUCAAUUACGGCAGACAAUGGACCGCAAUUCAGAGCUGCAGAGUUUUCGAAGUUUUGUAACUGCUACGGGAUUCAUCUCAACCUAUCAACACCAUACUGGCCAGAGCAAAAUGGUGCUGUGGAGCGCCAAAUGAGGAACAUUGGAAAAAGGUUGAAGAUCAGUGCGAUACAAGAUACCAACUGGAAGACGGAUUUAUACGAAUACCUCACACUGUACCAUGCAACUCCACAGGAGACCACCGGUUUAUCUCCUGGACAGAUGAUGUUUGGUAGAGAUAUACGGACUCGCAUACCUUCGAUCUAUCAACCACCGAAACUGAGAUGGGAAGCAGCAAAGGAUAGGGACAUGAUGAUGAAAGAAAACCAUCAACGAUAUGCUAAUGAAGAACGUAAUACAAAGGAGCAUAAUCUGAAGAGGGGAGACGUUGUACUGAUGCGUGAUCUCAAUCCGGGAGCCAUGCAGCCAAACUUCAGACAGGAAGAGUUUCAGGUAACACAGGUGGAUAAGGGAGCAGUCACUGUGAAAUCGACGAAUACUGGGAAGGUAUACUUGCGGAACAGCACACAUCUUAAGAAACUUAAGGACGCCUGUUCUGAGGAAGAUGCUACGGCACAGCCAAAUGACUACAAUGGUUCAAACGAGGCUGGCCCACAGGAUGAUGAUAGAUAUUCAGGAACAUCAUGUGAGGCUGCCGGACAGGUGGAUUCGAAUACGGAUGACACUGCAGACAAAUGUGAUCAGCGACCCAAACGUGCCAGCAGACUACCGAAUAAGUUUCAGGAUUUUGUGAUGAAUAUUGACGAGUAGAAAGGCUAAGGAUUGAUGUGAGUUACGGAACUUUUAAAUAAAGAUGUUUGAUUUGAUAACUCGUUAGAGGGUCGGAUUUUCUAUCUAAAAAUAGGAGGGAUGUAACGAUGCGAUGGUUUGAACUUAAGCUUUACUUUCAGUGUAGGUAAGUACCGGAGUUGAUGGGGGCACUGCUACGUCAGACAGCGAGGGAAACAGGAUCAUUGGACGAGAGACACUGGAGCAGGUCAGACGCUACGCUCGGUUAAAGCUCGGACGGUCGAGAAAACGGACAAUUUACAGUGUACUAAUCUAUUUUAGCGAUCAGCAUCACCAUCGUGUAGUCAAAACGAGUUUAUGCGUCAGAGUAUCUCCGUAGGUGACUUUGAGCUACGCUUCAACGGUUUACACACGUUUUCAACGAUCUUUUGUUAGAGUUUAAAUAUCUGUGACUGCACGACGGUGGUCGGUGAUUUUACGGCUAU